GAUUGCGAAAGAAUUCCACUUCGCAUGCAUUGCAUUGCGUGAUAUGGGUUUUCUUGUGAUGAUGACAUGAAACUGGAAAUAUGUUCUGUUGUGUGUGUUUUGUAUGAAUGUAUCAUUCAGUUAUGUAAACAGCAUGACAUACAGUGAUUUGUGUAAUUCAUAUGGCAUGGAAUCAAAGUACAUCAAUUUUUUUUCUCUCUUGAUCUCAAUCUUGUGUGAUCCUACUAAAUGACAGAUAGUUUCUUCUAGUGUUUACUGAAAAAUAUAAUCAUGACCAAUACUUUUUCAAAGAUGGUUCGGAAGAUUUCCGAAAAAACUUCGACUCGUCCGGAAACAGUAAGUUUAUGUAUGGUGAGCGGCGUUUGUUUACUGUAUGCCACUCGCGUUGGAUUUCCUAUGCUUGCAAAAACGUUGAAAAGCUUGAAAAAUAGAGCUACCGAAGCACAAAAUCAAAUUUCGUCAACAAGUCCACAGAAAGGUGCUCCCACUCCUAUUAUGAGCGAUGAUGAAUUGCUUGAAAAAGAAAAUAAUCCCAUGCUGAGUAAGGAAAGUGACAAGCUGAGUGGUGGUGAAGGAAGCAAUAUCUAUGACUUGAAAAAUUUUCCAGCUUUCAACAAAGCCUUCAUAAAACAAUUAGGUAAACUAGUGAAAAUUAUGAUUCCAGGGGUCUGGAACAUUGAGGCUGGUUUGUUACUUCUUCAUACGUUAUCGUUAAUAAUGAGAACAUUUCUUUCAAUUUAUGUAGCAAAAUUAGAAGGAUGUGUCGUGAAAUUUAUAGUACGUAAAGAUAUUCGUAUGUUCACCGUGCAGCUUUCAAAGUGGUUACUUAUUGCGCUUCCUGCUACAUUUCUCAACAGUUUGAUCAGAUUCCUGGAAAGUCAACUCGCUCUCGCUUUUCGAACCAGAUUGGUUCGUUAUGCCUAUUCCCUCUAUUUCAACAACCAGACAUAUUAUCGCGUGAGUAACCUGGACGGUCGAUUGGAAAAUGCCGAUCAUUGCCUGACCGAGGAUAUCACAUCCUUUGCUCAGUCUAUAGCACAUUUAUAUUCUCAUAUAACAAAGCCUCUUCUUGAUUUAAUUAUUAUCAAUUUUACUUUGUUUCAAAUGGCGAGCAACAUGGGAUCCUACGGUAUGUCCGGACAAAUUUUCGCCGCUCUGGUUGUGACCAUCACGGCUCAUAUAUUGCGUAAAGUGACGCCCAAAUUCGGUAAACUAGUUGCCGAAGAAGCCAAAAGGAAGGGGUAUCUGAGAUUUGUUCAUUCUCGUCUCAUUACGAAUGCAGAAGAAAUUGCUUUCUAUGGAGGACAUAAAGUUGAGCUUUCUUUACUUCAGAGGAGUUACAAGGCUCUUGCCUGGAAGAUGAAUCAAAUUUUGAAUAAGAAGCUUUGGUAUAUCAUGCUUGAACAGUUCCUCAUGAAGUACACGUGGUCCGCCGCUGGAAUGAUUAUUAUAUCACUUCCAAUAAUGACUGGAUACACUAAAACAGAUGCUGAUGAUAACUUUAGUGAUGAUGGUGUUAGCACAAGAACUCAGUACAUGACUACUGCCAAAAAUAUUUUAAUAGCUGGAGGAGAUGCUACGGAGAGAUUAAUGAGCUCUUACAAAGAAAUUACUGAGUUAGCUGGAUAUACUGCACGUGUAUCAAAAAUGUUAACUGUUUUUGAAGAUGUCAGUCAAGGAAAAUAUUACCGAACCCUAACAGCAAGUUCUUCUAAGUCAUUCAAAAAAGCCACUGAAUUAAAAGAAUUGAAAUUCCGAAAUGGAAUGCCUGAAAUACUUGGAAAAGUCAUUGAAAAGAAUGGCAUAAUCAAGUUAACUGGAGUUCCUAUUAUUACACCCAACUGUGACAUUGUUGUGCCUAGUUUGUCUUUUGAGAUGACUACUGACAUGCAUUUGCUGAUAACAGGCCCUAACGGAUGUGGCAAAAGUUCUUUGUUUAGAAUUGUUCGUGGUCUGUGGCCUGCAUACAUAGGUACAAUUGAAAGACCUCCUGAAACUGAAAUGUUUUAUAUACCUCAAAGACCUUAUAUGUCCCUGGGAACGCUCCGUGAUCAAAUUAUUUAUCCCCAUACUGUCGAAGAAAUGAUAGCUUGUGGAAAAACUGAUAGUGACCUUUUUGAAGUCCUUGAUAUUGUUCAUCUUCAGCACAUCAUUUUUAGAGAAGGAGGAUGGGAUACAAAGCGAGAUUGGAAGGACGUCCUUUCAGGAGGAGAAAAACAAAGAGUUGGUAUGGCAAGAUUAUUUUAUCAUAAGCCUCAAUUUGCUUUGCUAGAUGAAUGCACUAGUGCAGUGUCAAUUGAUGUAGAAAGCCAAAUCUAUCAAGCUGCUAAGGAUUGUGGGAUCUCGCUGUUAACUAUUACUCAUAGACCUUCCUUAUGGAAAUUUCAUACUCAUCUUAUGCAAUUUGACGGUGAGGGUGGUUACAGCCUUAAACCUCUUGAUACGAAUACUAGACUUUCUUUACGAGAUGAGAAAGAAAAGUUAGAAGCUUCUUUAACUGGUGUUCCUCAGAUGGAAAGAAGACUGAGAGAAUUGUGUAGGCUUUUAGGUGAAGAUUCUGCGGUGAUGAUUGAUUCUUCAUCAGUAUGUCCUCCAGCUUCUGCUUCUCCUGAUAAAAAUAUUUCUUCAGACAAUAGUGAUACUUCUUAUGAUUCUCCUGUUAUGGUUGAAAAUUUAUCUGAUUAAAACAGUAGUGAGCUCUACAGUUUUAAAAUUUAUUUG